AUGUCUUCCAACGGCUCUGGGCCCGGCUAUCAGCACUAUUCGUACUCGUCGACCGAGUAUGCUCAGCAAGACAACGGUGACUCAACUCCCCAAUACGCAAGCAGCGUGUAUUCUUCUUCCGCUUCUUCUUCCGCUUCGCAAGCGUCUGCGUAUAGUUCUGGUAACGGCAGCCAAAGCUAUUACGCCAAUACACCAGGCACCAAUUUCCUAUAUGACGAGUAUCGCAUGCCUCAAGCAUACUCUGACACCCCGCCUCCAUCGACGCACACUGCGCUGAGCACUUUUUACCAGGGGAUUCUGCGACAACAGACCACUCCUCUACCAAGCAGACGCAUGCUCCAUUGCGAAUUCCAACCUUGGACUGGUUGUCAGCAGCAGUUCCGGCUCGAUGAGGUUGAUGACUGGAUCAGACAUACUGAGGAUGAACACUUGCAAGAAAAUUUCCCUGCAGAAUGCAUCUGCUGGUUUUGCGACGACUUCGUUUUCAGCGUCCAGCAGUGCCCCGAUGCCGGUUUGAACUUCACCAACCGCAUGAGGCACAUCGCGGACCAUAUCCUGGAUGGGUAUCAUUUUGAGCAGAGGCGCCCCGACUUCCACUACCUCGACCAUGUAUACCAAACCGGGAAGAUAUCGCACCAGGCCUUUGAGCAGGCUGCGGGUACAAGCGAGGGUCCCCGACAUCGAGGGGCUUUUUAUCCAUCGGGUUGGAGGCCUGCCAGGCGUGAGGCAGGAGUCGCCGUGACAGAGGGCAGUGGACGACGACAACGACACAGAGCGGUCACUCGUAGGAGGUGA